UUCCAAGAAUGAACCAAACAAUAUACAUGAGAGAUAAAAUUUAUUCCAGGAUCAAACAUAAUAAUCGAAUCCAUACCUCCUGAUAUGGGACUCUGUACUAAUUUAUUCAGGUUUAACGAAUCAAAAUACACCAGUAUUUUCUGAUUUAUCGAUUUUUGACAGGUGUACGUGAGGAGUGCAAUACAAGCAUACAACCACUGCCGAAGCGGCGAAGCCGUAACCCGUUCUCCUUCCCAAAAACGGAAUAAAAGUUAAAAUGUACAACUGGGUUUGUAAACUUUUUCGUUCCUUUUCCUGUAGUAUAAAAAUGGUCGGUCGUAACAUUUUAUCAUUUGCACAAAGUUUUAAAAUCAAAUUAAAAUGUCACUCAAAUUUCAAAGAAUCACAAAGUAUUUGGUGCUGUCAGCUAUACUGGUAAUGUCGAUCCACAGCAAAUGGGCAAAGUCGGCAGACCCAGAGCUGGAAUCGUUGAGUCGGGAGCUGUUAGAAGCGGCGAGACAACCCGAGUUGUUCGGGUGGAUGAAACGGGUUCGGAGAACGAUUCAUCAGAACCCGGAAUUGGGGUUUGAAGAGUACAAGACGAGUGAACUCAUUCGGUCGGAGCUUGAGUCACUGGGAAUUCAGUACGCAUGGCCUGUAGCGAAAACUGGGGUUGUGGCUUCAAUCGGGUCGGGUAGUAAGCCAGUGUUUGCUAUUCGGGCUGACAUGGAUGCUCUAGCUUUGGAGGAACUGGUUGAUUGGAAAUAUAAAAGCAAAAAUGAUGGGAAAAUGCAUGCGUGUGGUCAUGAUACUCAUGUGGCAAUGCUACUCGGGGCAGCCAAGCUACUCCAAGCCAGGAAAGAUCAGCUAAAGGGUACAGUCAAGUUGGUUUUCCAACCCGGAGAAGAAGGUUAUGCUGGUGCUUACCACAUGCUGAAAGAAGGUGCUCUAGAUGACGUGGAUGCGAUUAUUAGUCUACAUGUCCUGCCAACAGUGCCCACAGGUAGUAUUGCUUCAAGAGCUGGCCCUGUUCUAGCUGGUACUGGGAUCUUUACUGCAACAAUUACAGGAGUAGGUGCACAUGCAGCACAGCCCCAUCUCAGUAGAGACCCCAUCCUUGCAGCUUCGUCUGCCAUUGUUUCUCUCCAGCAUAUUAUUUCCCGAGAAACAGAUCCUAUGGAGUCAGAGGUGGUGACUGUUGGGUACUUGAAAGGAGGUCAAGCAAGAAAUGUGAUCCCUGAGAAAGUGGAAUUUGGAGGAACCUUUAGAAGCUUGUCCUCUGAAGGUCUCACCUACUUGAGAAAUAGGAUUAAGGAGAUUGUGGAGAUGCAAUCUUCUGUUCAUCAAUGCCAUGGUGUGGUGGACUUCAUGGAAGAUACACCGAUGCCUUGGCCUGUGAUGAUUAACAAUAAGGCACUUCAUGAGCAUGGGACACGGGUUGUAGAGGCGCUGCUGGGCAGGUCCAAGUUGGAAGUCUUUCAUUUAACUAUGGGAUCAGAGGAUUUCAGCUUCUUUUCCCAGAAAAUGCCAGCUGCAAUAUUUGUUCUUGGAAUAAAGAACGAAACCCUUAAAUCGGAUAUGCCAUUGCACUCCCCUUACUUCUUUGUUGACGAGGAAGCUUUUCCUGUUGGAGCUGCUUUCCAUGCUGCAAUUGCACUUUCUUACUUGGAGAACCAUGGCGGCACUAUCAAGUGUGUCUAAAAGGAGCUCGACGGGGGCUUAAUGGUAAUUAAGUAAUGUGAUUGGUUUGUAUGAUUUAUGUUCUUAGAGAAUGUAUCCGCAACCGCAAGUCUAUGAUGUGCAGCCAGUACAGGAGUUUGAUACGUAAAUAACUACCCUGUCGCCUUCAGGCCCUUCCUUUGAAGGAUUAGAACCAAAUGAGUGGUGAUAAGCUUUUUAGCAACAAUAAGUUCACUUCAGCGAAAGAGAAUAUAAUCUAGCUAAGUGAUAAAAGUUGCAACUUAAGACUAUUAUUUGUGUCA